AUGGGUUUGAAUUACUAUUUAAUCCAUGACAAUUCGGCGAAUCAAUUGGAGGGGCCAAUAAACAACGAUAUUCUCCUACAAAAUCUUUGCCAGCAACACAAGAAAAUCAAAAUCACUUCGUCAAAACGAGUAAGUGUCCCAGACUCACCCCCACUAUCAGAGUGUUGAUGUCAGCAUUUUCAGAUUGAAUUGGUGGAACAUGUUAUGCUGAAGAAGAAAAAUGUGGAUAUUGAAACACUAUUCCAAGAAAGAACGUGGCGGCGAAAUCUUGAAAUUAUAUUCGGGGAGGAUAUCUGCAAAGUGAGCAAUCUGAAUUGAGUAACUGAUAGUGACCUUUUUUGUUUUAGGUGCUUUGGCAUCCGAUUUUUAUAAUUGUGUGUCAACCAGGAAUCAAAGAUUUGCUUGUUGAAAGAGCAGAGUUUGUCACAAAAGAAUAUCUAACAAAACUGGCACAAUUAUGGCAUUUAAAUAGUUGGGAGAAUUCAGUGAAACUUGUUAUUGGGUUGGGAACAAAAACUACGAAAGACUUGAUUAAUGUGAGUUUUUAUAUUAUUAUUAUUAUUAUCAUUUGUAUUCUCAAAAAUACCAUUUUCAGGAAAUUGAAAAAACACAAUUAACUUUCGAGUCUUGCGGAAUAUCCGAAACAGACGGAGAAUGGAUAUUGGCAACUUAUCCAGAAUUAGAUGUCCAAAACUUUUUGGCGUAGGUCGUUUAAAAAAAAAACAAAAAAAACCUAAUAUUUUUUCAGCGAAAUCAGCAAAAGAAAAAGAGAAAAAAGAGGAAAACGGGCUCUGACAAAUGCAAUCAAUAAGUUUUUAGAUGAAAUUUAA